UACGACGAUAUUAUUUUUCGUUUAGUUUCAUUUCAAAAACAUACAUUAUAUCCAAUUAAUUGUAUGUAAGCAUAUGUUACAACAAAUAGUUUAAUUCUUACUACUUUUGAAAUUAAAGAUUUUUUAUCAAAAUGUCAAGUUUUGAAUCAGGCAAUUUGUUAAAAAAUCAAAUUCAGUCGCACGUAGUUGAAGUUUUGAAAACAUCCAGCAUUUCCUUGAAUGUUAUUAACAGGUACAAGGAAAACAUCGUACAUUUAAGUGUAGCAAACGGCUGUAUUGAAAUUCUGAAAUGCAUUUUAGAAAAAUAUGACAAUGCUUGUUUAGAACGUAAAAAUUCUUUUGGUUGGACACCUCUCAUGCAAGCAGUUAGAAAUGAAAACGUUGAAAUGGUUAAAUUUUUAUUAAGCUGUGGAGUUAAUGUGAAUGACUUUUCGUUUUUAGGAAUGUCAGUAUUGAGUCUUGCCUGUGCAAUUAGCAAUGAAAUGUUUGAUUUAUUGUAUAACAACUGUCCAUCAGCUUUAGAGUAUGCUUCUCAUGAUGACAUCAACCCAUUAUGUAUUGCAGCUUUAAAGAAUGAUAGAGAGUUGUUUUUCAAAUUAGUUCAUCUUGGACUAGAUGUUAACAAAGCUAAUGCUUUUACUCACAUCAUGAUGAAACAAUCAAACAUUAUAGAUAUUAAAUUAUUAGCAAAACCACACCUUAAUUCAGAUGACUAUUGGAGUGAUCUUUAUAGUAUUGAAGAUGUUUUGAAAGGAAAAGAUGACAAAAACAUUGCUCCUUAUAAAAAUGAUACAAACAUUUUCAAUUUUGAUAUUGAUAAUUUUGAUGAAAAUACUUCUAUCCCAAAAAUUUAUGUAAAUGCUAAAAAUAUUGAAAGUGACAACAUAUUAAAUAAUAACAAAGAUAAUUUCAGCAAAUCACAUUCGUUAAAUUAUAAUUGUGAAUCAAUGACUGUAUCACCUACAUUAUCCUAUUUUAAGGAAAAUGUGUUCCCUAUGUCACCGAAUAUUUACAUUGCAGAAGAUAAUUUCACAAAUAUAUCAAAGUUUGAACUGGAUGUCAAUAAAACAAUCUCAACAACAGAUAAUCAGAAUUAUUUUUCUUCAAACAGCACAGAACAAUCAUCACCUUUAGUAUUAAAAAGGUGUCAAAAUAUACGACCCCCUAAUUUAAUACUGAGGAGUUUAAGUAAUGAUUCAGACACCACUCUAAGUUUUACUCCUCAGUUCAGUCCAAUUAAAACACCUAAUUUACCACAAGAUAUUAAUCAAGAUAAUGUAUUUGAUGAAACUACACCUACACCCCCAAAGUACAAAACUCCUCCUCGAGGAAUAAUAACAGAUCCAAAUAUAACUAAAUUGAUAAUUUUAUUACAACGUUUUGGACUUCAAAGACAUAUUCCUAUAUUUAUUGAGCAAGAAGUGGAUCUGGAUUUAUUUUUAAGUCUAACUGACCAUGAUUUAAUUGAAAUCGGUAUCCAGAAAAACUCUGAGCGAUUGAUUUUAUUAUCUGUGAUUAAUGAAUGCAAAGGAAUAAAAAAAUAGUAUAUAGUAUUGUAAAAAAUAUACAAAUUUUAUUUUUAAUUUUAUUGCUCAGGUUAAUGUACACAAAAUUUAUUUAUUUAAAAAUAAUAUAUUAUGAAUAUUCUUGUAUGUAAUUAAUAAAUAUAUUUAAGAAAAUAAAAAGUU